AUGGUGUGUUCAUCGAAUCAGAAGCGGAGCAUGGAAGCUCACGUUCUCCUGAAUAGGCAAGGACUCGACGUAGCUUCGUACGGGACAGGGUCUCAUGUUAAAACUACCUGGACCGUCUGCCAGAGAGCCAAACGUCUACGGUUUCGGACUCCUUACAAGCACAUGUUCGAUGAACUCAGGCGCAAGGAUCCGAGCUGUAUCCUAUUCUCUCAAAUUCUUCCAUCACCUCGUCUUAUAUUCGUUCUUAUUGGUUUCGGGUUCGGUCUCGGCUUCCUACUCAACUUCCACAUGAGAAACGUUUCUUUCAGCCCCCAACUCUUUCGUCUAUCUUCUCCUUCCCUCUCUCCACAGCUUCAGCCGCAGCCGGAAAAUUUAGUUAUAGCUAACGAAACGGUUGUUCCUGAAGGGCAAAAAGGUCAUUCUCCGGUGGAGUUUGAGAAGGUGAAGCAUCAUAUCAUGACGGAGGAGGAAGAACUCAUGUGGCGUGCGUUGGAGGUUCAAGAAAGACCGUCGACGGUGAAGAAGAAGUGGGCGUUUAUGUUCUUGACGAGAGGGAAGCUUCCUUUGGCUAAACUGUGGGAGAGAUUUUUCAAUGGCCAUCAAGGCCUUUUCUCUGUUUACGUUCAUACUAGUAACCUUUCUUACGUUGACGAUGGUAUUCCUGAAACGUCGCCGUUUUAUCGUCGGAGGAUUCCAAGCAAGCUAAAUUAA